ACAACAUUAGUAUUGCACAACAGAGUACCCGAAGGCCAAAUAUUCUUUGCUCUGAGAAACCUUUUGGAUUCUUUGACAUUUAUAUGGCACUUAUUAGCAUUAAAAUUGCUUAGAAUGAACAACUAUUUGAAAACAGCAAGUGAUAAAAUUAUUGUAGAAACUAUGGAUAUUCAAAUGGAGAAUGAACAAAAUUUGGAUAUUCUUCAGGAAGAUAUUGAGAUGAGUGGGGAAAUGAGUAGAAAUGAUAUCAAUGAAAAUUAUUCCAACGGGCAUGAUUCCCACAGCAAUGAGGGUGAAGAAAAUGAUAAAGAAACAACUAUGAUUAUGGAAUCUUUUGAUUACUAUAAAAGAAGUGAACAACCUUCUAAAGCUAAAACUCGGAAGGAGUUGAUAAAAAUAUUGCAAGAUCUAAAAGGAUAUCUUCCUCCUCAUAAAAAGAUCAAAGGCAAACCAAGUAUCCUGGCAACUUUGAAGUAUGCACUUAGGAGCAUUAAGCAAAUUAAAGCCAAUGAAGAAUAUUAUCAGUUGACAAUGAUUAAUGAAAGCUAUCUCUGUGAUCUUGAUAUAUUAGCCUGUACUGUGGAAGAUGUUAAAAACAUUACUGCAGAGUACACCAUGAAGAAUGCAGAUAUGUUUGCUGUAGCUGUUUCUUUGGCUACUGGGAAAAUUUUGUACAUCUCUGAUCAGGCUGCCUGUAUCCUCCAUUGUAAGAAAGAUUUAUUUAAAAAUGCCAAAUUUGUGGAGUUUCUGGCACCUCAGGAUGUCAGUGUGUUCUAUAGCUCAACUAUACCAUAUAGAUUACCAUCUUGGAGUAUUUGCAAUGGAGUUGAAUCUGCUACCCAAGAAUUCAUGAAGGAGAAAUCUUUCUUCUGCCGCUUCAGUGCAGGAAAAGUGAAUAUAAAUGAGAAUGACUACCACCCAUUCCGUAUGACCCCAUACCUUAUUAAAAUACAAGAUAUAGAAGAUCAGCUUUGUUGCAUGUUGCUUGCAGAAAAAGUACACUCUGGUUAUGAAGCACCUAGAAUUCCUCCUAAUAAAAGAAUCUUUACAACCAUCCAUACACCAAGCUGCUUAUUCCAAGAAGUAGAUGAAAGAGCUGUGCCUCUGUUGGGAUACUUACCCCAGGACUUAAUUGGAACUCCUGUUUUACUACAUCUUCAUCCAAGUGACAGAGCUUUAAUGCUAACAAUUCACCAGAAAAUACUUCAGUAUGGCGGACAACCAUUUGAUUAUUCACCAAUCAGAUUCUGUACUAGAAAUGGUGAAUAUGUAACUCUGGAUACAAGCUGGUCCAGUUUCAUCAAUCCUUGGAGUCGAAAAAUUUCAUUUAUAAUUGGAAAACACAGAGUUAGAACGAGUCCUUUGAAUGAAGAUGUAUUCGUACCUCAGCACAGAGAAGAAAAAAUGCAACAUCCUAAUACUGAAGAAAUUACAGAGCAAAUACAUAAGCUUUUACUACAACCUAUAUAUAAUAGUGGCUCUAGUGGCUAUGGAAGUUUGGGAAGCAAUGGAUCACAUGAGCACCUAAUGAGUGUGGCUUCAUCCAAUGACAGCAAUGGGAACAAUGAAGAUACUCAGAAGAUACAGAAAACUAAUUCUUUUCAAAAUAUUUAUAAAAAUGAAAGUGUGGACAGAACUUAUGCCUCCUUUGAUUCUAUAUUAAAGCUUGAAAAUCAGAAGAAAUCUGACAGAGAGAAACCCACUGACGUCCGUGAUCAUACCAAUAGUACCACUCAAUUGUUUGAAAAUGAUGGCAUUGGGACUGCUUGUCAAAGGAGUCUAGGUGCAAAAGAAUCAACUUGGGGGAAACAAAUGAUAUAUUCAUAUCAACAGAUCAGCUGUUUAGAUAAUGUUAUCAGAUACUUGGAAAGUUGCUGUGCAGCUGAUACUAUGCAGAAAAUUACUCACCUGACACCAUAUACUGAUGUAGCACUGAAUACUGAUAUAUAUAGAGAGAAAAUGAAUGCUGAUACAACAAACAUAUCCACAGAAAGGGGUCAGUCAAAAACUCACAUAGGUCCUGCAGUGUUGGAAACAUCUGACACAUCCAAUGCUUUAGCUCUUAUGGAUGCUUCUUUGACUUUUCCUGGACAACCAGAAAGUGUAAUAUCUUUUGUCAGUCAAUGCAGCUACAGCAGCACCAUAGUUCAUGUUGGAGAUAAAAAAACACAGCCUGAAUUAGAAAUUAUAGAAGACAAUCUAUCUGGGAUAAAAUCCACAGAGAAUCAAACUAUUGUUCUACAAUCUAAUAGUUCACAAGAGAAAAGGAGAAAAGCUAUAUUUAAGAAAUUUUGCCUUACAAAGGAUAGCCUUGCAAUACAUACUCAAAAGGAAGAAUGGAGUUUUAUGAAUAAGUGCAAAGAAAUAAAAAGAUUCCAUAUUUUUAAGUGUGCUUACAAUUGCUACUUUCAAAAAAGACCCAAAGGAUGCCCAGGAGAACACGAUAUGUGUGGAUUACACCAUGGUUCUGGAAUAGCUUUAUCUUGCAAGAAAAUUGGGAGAAUCAAGAAAUCUAAACAAAAACGACACAAGCAACUUGGUUCUUCAGAAAAUAAAACAUAUGGUACCAAACCCUUGCAUAAAUUUCUUCUGCUUAGCCCAAAUCCAUUAAAUAAUUCACAAGCAAGUUAUCCAUCUGUGCCAGUUUCAACAAUUAUGCCCACCAUUUUUCCAUCUACAGGAAUCAGAUCAGCGGGUCCUGAAGUUUCCCCAUCUUAUUUUAAUGAAACACAGGAUUUCAAAAAACAUUGUCCUCUGCCAUUAACUGAGUUUGUUCCACCCUUAAUGACUCCAGUAGUAGCACUUGUUCUCCCUAACCCUGUAUGUCCUCAGACAAGCAAUAGUAUUCCUCAGACAUCUUGUCUUGAGCCAUUUGGUUUUUCUGUUCAGCCUUCUUUCUCUUCAGAAACUUUGCUUACAACACUUCCUUCAUUUGCUGCCUCAAACAAGUUCCCUCCUGAGGUAAAUUUUUCAGCACAACCAUUUUGUUCUAAUUCUCUAGUAAAUAGUGAAAAGAACCCUGUUGUAGAAUGCCAAAAUAAGCUGUCCCGUUCCUGUACACCAGAGUCCUUGGGUCUACAAAAUCAAUCCUCAUCAACGUUGUUCCAGUCACGGUGCAGUUCUCCUUUACAGUUGAAUCUUCUGCAAUUAGAAGAAAUGCCAAAAACCUUAACAAGUGGAAGUGCUGCUAUAGAGGGAAUUUAUGGGACUUUAACUGAUGGAGAGAUUACAAAUAAACAAUUAAGCAAUGCUAAAAGAAAAGCAUCAUGUGCCGUUAACACACCAGUGGAAGUUCAGAAUAAUGAUGACUUUUCUUUAUCUAUUGAUCUACUUGAUUUACUUCAAGAAGACACAAAUUCGGUCACUGGUUCUGUUUCAUCAGAAAGUUUUGCUUUAGCAGCUGCUGAGUCUGGAUCAAAUGGAUGUGAUAUGUCAAUUUGUGGAGCAGGAUGUAGUGAGACAAGUCAUAUCAGCAAGUAUAUUGGAAGUAUUAACUCCUCAGAAAAUAAUCCUAAAACAAACUGUCCACAAAUGGAAGAAAAUGUACAGUACAUUAAAAGUGUCCUCCAGGAUCCUCUUUGGCUCUUGAUGGCAAAUGCAGAUGAUACUGUAAUGAUGACUUACCAGAUUCCAUCACGAAAUUUGGAAACUGUUCUGAGAGAUGAUAAAUUGAAACUGAAACAAAUGCAAAUGUUCCAGCCAAUAUUUACGGAGGAUCAAAAAAGGGAGUUACUUGAAGUUCAUCCAUGGAUUCAUAAAGGUGAACUCCCUCAGGCUCUUGCAAAUUCGCUUUGUGUUAAUUGUGAAGAAAAUAGCUGAUCUUACAUACAAAAUAAAGGAGAAAUUGAUGAAAUGGAGCUUAAUGAAUGA